AUGUCAACAUUGGAGUCGAUGGAUGCGAUUCUCUUCUCUCUCAGCAGAACCUUCUGCACCCCUUUCGCUGUCUUCGUUCAGAUCCAGGGAUGUGUUAUAUGCUUACUCCUUGCUCUUGGCUGGUUAAUGGCUGCAUAUGUCAGGAACCGAGAGGUUAAGAGAAUUAAAAACAGCAUGAAAGCGGGAAACAGCUUUUCCUUUCUCUAUCAAGAUAUCAACGAACUUGAGCAUUCUAGGCAGGCUAAACUUCCCAGGGUUUCCGUUAUCAUGCCUCUCAAAGGUUUUGGAGAACACAAUUUGCAUAACUGGAGAAGUCAGAUUACCUCUCUCUAUGGUGGACCAUUGGAAUUCCUGUUUGUUGUAGAGAGUACUGAAGACCCUGCAUACCAUGCUGUUUCCCGUCUCUUAUCUAUGUAUCAGGAUCAUGUUGAAUCUAAGGUUGUUGUUGCUGGUUUAGCAACGACUUGCAGCCAGAAAAUUCAUAAUCAGUUGAUUGGAGCUGAGAAAAUACACAAAGACACCAAAUAUGUGCUAUUUUUGGACGAUGAUGUUAGACUCCAUCCUGGCACAGUUGGAGCUCUCACGGCUGAGAUGGAGAAAAAUCCAGAGAUAUUUAUUCAAACUGGGUAUCCUCUAGACUUGCCCUCUGGAACUCUUGGAAGUUAUUGCAUCUAUGAGUACCACAUGCCUUGCUCAAUGGGUUUUGCGACUGGUGGGAGAACAUUCUUUUUGUGGGGAGGGUGCAUGAUGAUGCAUGCUGAUGAUUUCAGACAAGAUCGAUAUGGUGUUGUCUCUGGCUUACGUGAUGGUGGAUACUCAGAUGAUAUGACACUUGCCUCUCUAGCAGGUGCUCACAAGAGGCUUAUUACAUCUCCUCCUGUCGCUGUUUUCCCUCAUCCUCUUGCAAGUGAUCUAAGUUUUGGACGGUACUGGAACUACUUGAGAAAGCAAACUUUUGUGCUAGAAUCUUACAUAUCCAAUGUUAACUGGAUAAUGAACAAGGUUUUGUUUGCCGUCCACUGUUAUCUAUCAUGGGGUUUUGUUGCACCAUAUGUUAUGGCUGUCAUCCACAUCACAUCAGCUAUGAGAAUCUACAUGAAGGGCUAUCAUCAACUAGAAGAGACGACCACGGCUUCUGGUGGUAUGUCUCUUGUUAUACUGUUGGCGAUUUGCACCUUCAUCGAACUUCUUUCAAUGUGGAAUUUGACAAGACGAGAAGUGACGCUAUGCAAUCUGUUAUCCCCCGAGGCUCCCCGUCUCUCUCUUGCACCUUACAACUGGGGACUUAUAUUCAUAGCAAUGCUAGUGGACAACUUUCUUUACCCGAUCUCAGCAUUCCGUUCUCACUUUUCUCAAUCCAUAAACUGGUCUGGAAUUAGAUACCACUUGAGAAAUGGAAAGGUUUUCAAGAUUGAGAGAAGGAAUGAUAUGGUACCAGCAAAGACUGAUUUAGGAGGGAAACACUUGUAUGGUAAGAAGGGAGCUCCACAGAAAGCUUCCUUCUUAAGCUCAUUGGGAAGAAAUUUUGCUCACUGGCGACAACCGAAGAAGUUUGAUGUUUAA